UUUUAAGGUGAGAGCAAAGCUAGUACAGAAAAAAAUAAACAAUUAAAAAAGAAUGACGGGCUGCAUGGUAAAAUUACAGGACUUCAUUAGAGGAGCCCCUCUCUCUCUCUCUCGCGCGCGCGGUGUGAGACUCUGAGCUGUUUCGAUGUGCUGAGCUGAGAUUCUCUUAACUUCUUUAGCAGAUAUCAAAUUAUAUCAGAUGGUUCAACAAGCAGUAGAUUCUAAAGUCAAUGAAUAUAGGCUGGGUAGUCCUGAAACUAAUUUGCCCACUUGUGAUAAGCAGCAGCCAGUUGCUGCAAAGAAGAUAGCUUUGAGAGAAUUGCAGAAUGAAAACAGACUUGUGGUGCCAAAUGCUACCGGAAGUUCCCCAUAUUCAAAGGAUAGAGGACCUGUUAAUGAUGCCAUUAAGGUUUCUGGCACUAAGAGACCAGUAAAUGAUUACCCAGUAAGCCCCUCAAGAGACCAAUCACUGAGCAGCAAUGUUACAAAUGGGCAUCUAGUAUAUGUUCGUAGAAAAUCUGAAACAGAGUUGGGCAAUAUCAAUAUGUCUGACAGCACAACCAUUAGUUCCGAUUGCGUGCACCCAAAGCAAGCUGGUCAAUCUGACCGCAUUCAUCAGCACCCCCAGAUAAAGGAACCAAAGGUUUCUUGUUUCCCAGCAUUUGCACCUUUACCCAUGACUUCCUUGACAAGCUCAUCUGGAAAACCAUCAGUUCCUCAACUUGGGAGGUCUGUUGUGAAAUCUCCAGCAGAAUCCAAUUAUCAUCCUAUUGGUUCUGCUUCCCCUUUGGAGGAUCCAAGAGGAAUGAAAAAUCUGCUCUGGCCAGAGCGCUUUCAUCAAUUGCAGAUGCUGUUGAAGAGAUUGGACCAAUCAGAUCAAGAGGAAUACGUGCAGAUGCUUCGGUCACUUUCCUCGGCUGAACUUAGCAGGCAUGCAGUUGCACUGGAAAAAAGAUCCAUUCAGCUUUCAUUGGAGGAAGCCAAAGAAGUCAACCGUGUUGCAAUGUUGAAUGUGUUAGGAAAAUCUAUCAAGAAUCUGAGAGAACCCUUGACACAUCCAGACCGAUCAAGCAAGUAAAAGACCAUGAAGAUGAGACACUGUUUACUUCAUCCUUGUCAAGGAGGAAUGCACUUACUGAUUUUUGUUUUCUCCUGUAUGUAAUGUUGUGGUUGUCUUCUCCCACAUCAGCUUUACCCACUGUAAUAUUCUACCCGGAUUUCUUCUACAGUUUCCUGUCGAGUAUCAAAAGCCAUUGACAUUAUCAAGUUCCACUUUGUUGACUGUCAUAUGGUGUUAAAAUAUUCAAUUGCUCAGCUUUUCUAAUUCUA